AUGGAAAAAGAGUCUUCUGAGUCCAAAAGCCAGUCAGAAAGUCCAAACAACUCUGAUGAUGAACCUUCUGAUAGCCAACAAGUUGUAAAUUUAAUCAAACAAGUCAGCUUUAGAAAAUGGUACUCGAAAGUGACAAUAUUUGUCCAAAACUUUGAAUUCACCACAAUUGCCCUAUUUGACUUAGGAGCUGAUCUUAACUGUAUUCAGGAAGGUCUAAUCCCUACUAAGUUUUACCAGAAGUCUAGAGAAUCCUUAAGCACUGCUUCAGGAAAAUCACUCCAGUUAAAUUUUGAAUUGCCAAAGGCCCAUGUCUGCCAAAAUAAAAUUUGCUUCAAAACCUCAUUUGUCUUAGUCAAGAAUAUCACUGACUAA